AUGAUGAGCACGAACCGCUGGGCAACCCAUCCCAAAAUCAAUCAAAUGCUUGCAGGCUUUCGGGUCACGGAACCACCUUGCAUACGUUUCUGGAACUUUAGAAAUGUACAAGCCAUAGCAUCUGAGUUCGCUCCUCCACUACAAAGGCUCACAAUCCAACAUAGACAACAACUCAAAACAAUCAAAGCAACCACCACCACCACCACCACCACCACCAAAAACAACAACAACAACAACAACCACAGCAUCUGGCAAAAUGAAGUUCUCUUCUGCCUGCCUUAUCUGCAGUCCUCGCACUUCCUUCUGUGUAAGGUUUCCUUAGUACAUCUAAGCCAAGGUUUGACCCAAAAUGCCCCAUCUGUGGAAGAAAGAAACAACCACCAUGAGAGGUUUCUUUGGGACAGUUUUCUACAGAGAUCAACAGGCAAUCAAGACCAAAGCAGCAGAUUAUCUUAUUACACUGGAAGAACACCUGGAGCAGGUAUCCAAAGAGAAACAGAUGACAUGAUCACUGCAUUGCCAGGACGAUGCAGCAAUCAAUCCCCAGAGGAAUUGUGGUUGGAGAACGUUUUGGAGAUUAUCAACAUUUAG